GUCCGAGUGAGCAGUAACGGAUCUUCUGCAGAAAUCAGUGCAUAGAUACAGUAUCUGAAGGAUCAAAGUGUUGAAAAUCAAUUAAAAGAUGGACGAGGCUUCUGGCACGACGACAACCGAUGGCAAGUCCCUGGAUGAGGCGCCGGUGGCCGCAGGACUGGAGCCCACACAGCCGAUCGGCUUCCUGCAGCUCUUUCGCUUCUCCACCUGCGGGGAGAUCGCGUGGCUCUUCUUUGGGUUCCUCAUGUGCUGCGUCAAGGCGUUGACCCUGCCCGCAGUGGUCAUCAUUUACAGCGAGUUCACAGCAGUGAGUACCGGGCGAUGGCCACAGCAGCGGCGGCGGGUACACCAUUCCCACGGGGACCCUGAGCAUCCUUCCCAUCGCGGCGAACGCCCAGCUGCCGACCAUCACGACAACGGCCAGUGGCUACGAGCCCAAUGACGUCAUCACCACGAUCCCCGUCUCGCUCUCCAUUCAGCGCUUCCCCUCGUCCCUGUCCAUCGUGGACCUGGCCCAGGAGCAGGACGGCUACAGCAACAGUGGCUCCAGCAACGGCAUGACCGUGGGGCCGGGUGCGGGCGGCGGCGGCGGCAUCACCACCACGGCCCUCCUGUCCGUGAAGCCCCUGAACGGCAGCGGCAACGGCAACAUUUCGCGGAACAACAGCUUCAGUCUGAGCUUC